GCGGGGCCGCCAUGUCCCGCGGGCCGGGCCAGGCCGGGCUCCUCCGCUCCCCUCCGGGCCUCGACCUCGAUGCGGAGCGGGAGAAGAUCCGCCGCGAGAUCGAGCAGCUGGAGCGUAGCCUGCAGCCCGGCGGGGCCGACAUCCACCUGGCUCUGUCCGACUCCAGCCUCAGCUCCGCUGAUGAUGAUGAAGAUGGUGAUGAUGAAGAUGGUGAUGAUGAAGAUUCUCAUGCUGAAAUGGAGGUGGAAAUAGAAGAAGACAGCAGUGAUGAUGAAGAUGAGGAGGAUGAUGAUGAUGAUAUUGAAAGCCUGCCCCAGGAUCCAGAAACCUGCCUGCAGAUGAACCAUGUGUACCAGGAAGUUAUCAAGGAAAAGAUUGAGGAAGUGGAGCUGCUCAUUGCACAAAACAGAAAACAGCAGAAGGAAAUCGUGUCUGAACUUAAUGGUCCAAAACCAGCCAAGUCAGGAGAUGAGAGAAAUCAACCACCAAAUAUGUUUUUGGGACAUUUUAUGAAGCCAUAUUUUAAGGAUAAAAUAACAGGAAUUGGCCCUCCUUCCAACGAAGAUGCCAAGGAAAAGGCAGCUCAGGGCAUCAAAUCCUUUGAACAGCUGCAUUCAACCAAGUGGAAAACUGGAGAGAAGACACUGCUGCAGAAAUCCGUGGUGAGCGACCGCCUGCAGCGCCUGCUCCAGCCAAAGCUGCUCAAGUUGAGUUAUUGGAACCAGAAACUGGAGAAAGUCAAGACUGACAUAGAAAAACAGAUCUUGGAAAAGCAAAUCAAAGAGUUGGAGCAAGAAAUAGAGACAAUUAACCAACUCCCAGAAAGUGACUUAAUAGGAAACAGAUUUGAUGAGCAUGACUGGGACAAAAUUUCAAACAUCCAUUUUGAUGGACAACGUAGCUCAGAAGAGCUGAGGAAGUUUUGGCAGAAUUGGGAGCAUCCAAGCAUUAACAAAAAUGAAUGGACUGAGGAGGAAAUAGAGAAGCUGAAGCUGAUAGCUGCUGAACACAACUACCUGGACUGGCAGACCAUUGCCCAGGAGCUGGGGACAAACAGGACACCUUUCCAGUGCUUGCAGAAAUACCAAAUCUAUAACAAAGAUUUAAAAAGGAAAGAAUGGACCAAGGAUGAGGAUCAGAUGCUUUUAGAGCUCGUUCAAGAGAUGAGAGUGGGAAACCAUAUCCCAUACAAGAAAAUUGCUUAUUACAUGGAAGGAAGAGAUUCUGCUCAGCUGAUUUACCGCUGGACAAAGAGUGUGGACCCCAGCUUGAAGAAAGGAGCCUGGACAGCAGAGGAAGAUGCUAUGCUGGUGGCUGCAGUUAGGAAGCACAAGGGGAAGAACUGGUACAAAAUCCGGACGGAGGUGCCGGGCAGGAGCGACGCGCAGUGCCGGGACCGGUAUUUAAAAGUAUUGCACUGGAAUUUAAAGAAAGGCAGGUGGAGCUUGGAGGAGGAGGAGAAGCUGAUUGAACUGGUUGAGAAGCAUGGCCUGGGUCACUGGAGUAAAAUUGCUUCAGACCUGGUCCAUCGGACUGGCUCCCAGUGCCUGAGCAAGUGGAAACUCAUGGUUGGCUCUAAGAAAAAAUCUGAGGCGAGCAAGCGGUGCCACGCUGAGGAGAGCUCCAGCCCUUCAGAGAGCAGCAGUGAGGACAUGGAGCUGGACCUGGCUGACAGCUCUGAGGAGGAGGGGAGCAGCACCACAGGCAAUAAGGAGUGUGCAGUCCCCAGCAUUGACCUGUGGAUACCAACAGGGCCAAGCACACAGGAGGCACCCAGGGAGAGAUACCAAAUCCAGUCCCUCCUCUCUGCUGCCAGGGCUGCUGCAGGGAGCAGCUGCAGUGACAUUCCAAGGGCAGGGUGUGACACAGACAGAGCUGCUGAUCAAUCAUCUGAGGUGAACACCCUGCUGAGGGGCAUUGGACAGCCCUAUUCCACAGAUGUGCUGGUGAAGGAUCCAGCAGAAGUGAUGGCCAAGGCUUCCCAGUGUGGAAAACAAGUGCUGAGGGUUAGCCUGGAGGAGGUGAGAGCAAUAUUGAGGAGAAACACGAGCUUCCAGAGGAAACUGAUGCUAAAACCUCGUGCCAGCCUUUCAGCCAAGGCCCCUGGAGUGGGUGCAGCUGUUGGCCAGGAUGCUCAGGAGCUGCCAGAGAGAGCUCAGCACCAGGACAGGCAGUGCUGGAGGAGGCUGAGCCUCAACAGGAGGCUGCUGAUGGCAGUGACCCCUUGGGUGGGCAAUGUGCUGCUGCCCUGCACUGUGCAGGCUGGGAGCAUGGCUUUCUGCCACACAAAAGCUGCUGCUAUCCAUGAGAAGGUGAAGUCAGUCAGUCUCACCAGCACUCCCCUGUUUGCACUGCUGGUUCAUCUCUUCCAGAUUGACACCAAAGGCUGUAUGAAGAUUAUUAAAGAGAGGAAGCUGAGGCAGUUGGAGCUGAUUAAGUCCAAUUCAAGGGGCCCUCAGCAGGCUUCCCAAAAUACGGAGACUUCUUCAGACAACUCAUCCCAAGCCUGUUCUCAGAGGAACUCCCAAGGGGACGUGCCAAGGAAGGCUGUCAGGAGAUCUGCCUUGGAGAGCAGUGCCAGAGCUCCCCCAGCCCAGGGGCAAAGGCAGAAACCUAAAACUGUGUCAGAAUUGCUGCGAGAGAAGCGUUUAAGGGAGUCCCAGGCCAAGAAGGCCGUGCAGAGGACAGUGCUGGUUGCCUCACCGGUGCUGGUUUCAGGGCCUCUGAUAAUCCAGCACCCACCACAGCAAAUCAUUCCCUCUGCACAAGCAGGGAGCACCCCUGCAGCAGCUGCUGGGACAGAGAGCCAAGCACUGGGUUCACCAGUGCCCACAAGGACUCCUGCUGCAGGUUCUGCUUCUGUUCUUGUGCCUCAAAACCAUUCCUCAGCAGUGCCAGAAAGUGGGGACCACCCUGGUUGCACAAAAGGGACAGAUCUACAGUCAAGUAAGAAGCUAAAAGAGGAAGCUCUGGAAAGCAGCCCUGAAGGAGGGGAUUCUCCAGGUGUGAAUCCAGCUGCAGCAGAGAAGGCCCCAGACCAGGGAGGGUGCAGUGGUCAGGUCCCAGCCAGUAGCUCAGCUUCAGCAGUGCUGCAAAACCAGGCUUUAGUGCCUCCCCAGACCCCAGUGAGCCUGCUGCCUGCUCUUGUCCCUCCACCAGCUGCUUCUCCUGUGAUUCCCAACAGCAUCCUGCCCUUCAAGUGGGUUGUGAUCCCCCAGGUUCUGCUCCCCAGUGCUGUGCAGACUGUGGUGGGUGUUCCCCAGGGAAUGCCAGCUGCUGCUGGGAAAGGUCAGUGUCAGACAAAUGUGACCUCCAAUGGCAAGGCCUCUGCUUUGGGAGGGACUCUUGUACCAGCUGGAGCAAAGCCACCUCAGCCCAGCAGUGCAGGGACAAAAGGGCCAAAUUCCCAGCUGGCAGGAGUCCCUUUGAGAAAGGCAGCUGACCAGCCCACAGUUCUGUCACCUCUGAGCUCAGUGUGUCCUGGAAGCACCACAUCCAGCGUUUCUGUUGUAACCCCUGAAUGUUCAGACGGCUCCUCCAUGCCUCCAGACUCCUCUGCAGCUCCAGCUGUCCCUCCAGCUGCCAGCCCAGCCCUGUGUGCCACUGUGCUGCCCCAAACAGAGCCCCCUGCCAGCACUCAGGGCUCUGAUUCCCAGCCUGUGCCCAGCUUGGGAAGGAGCAGUGAGUCCAUCACAACAAACGGAUCAUCCUUCAGUCCAGACAGCAUGAGGACAGAGCCUGUGCCUGCAGCAGCUGCAGCUCCUCACAGCAAUGUCCCAGGGAGCUCUGGUUGCUCUGAUGCCCAGGAACUGAGGAGCAGACCCAUUGCCUCCCAACCACCAAGUGCUGACCUUCCCCCUCAGCCAAGCACUUCCAGUGCAGAGAAGAAUCUCCUUGACUUCAGCCUGAUCUCCCUGGAGGAUGAGGGGCUGGUGAAGGAGUGGCUGACUGGGAAACAAGGGGUUCAGGUGCCACCACUGCAGACUAGGCUGCCUUAUCUGCCACCUUUCCUCUGCAGCAUUAAAACCCUCUCAAAGCUCCUUGUGCAGAAAGCAGCUCUGGAGGAGCAGGCAGCAUCCCUGCUGCCCCCUGAGGCCACUGGGGAUGUUUUCCACGCUAUUGGAGAGCUGGUGCAGCAGAAACUGGGUGAUAACCCUGCUUACCUCCUGCUGAAGGCCAGAUUCCUGGCAGCCUUCACACUCCCAGCUGUCCUGGCAACACUGCCUCCUCCUAAAAUGACAACAACUCUGUCAGCCAGCAGGAAGCAACGUGAGGACAGUGAUGACGAGGAGUGGCAGAGUAAGAAAAAUGUGUCUGAGAGAGAGAGUUGUGGGAAUGAAUUAACAGGAGCACAGGAGGACUGGAGACAUGAGGAUGAGCCUGGAGACAAUGAUGCUGAUUUACUAAAUCAGGCUGAGGAGAGCUGUGCUCAGUCUGCCCUGGGCUCCUGCACUGAUGUGGCUGAUGCCAGAGCUCCCCAAAUCAGGAGAAGUGCCCGCUUCAAGAAGAGGAGGAGGAUAUGAGGAGGAAAUGUAGGUCACUGGAAUGAGCUCUGCCUUCCUGCAUGGCAAGAGGAGAUAAUCUUUGCACUGUUCACUUUCACCAUUUCCAAUGCUGACUGGAUGGACCUGGGGAAGAGGAAAAUGCUGGAUUGAUUUUUCCCAUCCCUCAGCAAAAUCUGCAUGUAUAGGCAAGGUGUAAAAAUGAAGGAAACUGGCUGGAGGGAAAUCUUGGAGGCACAGACUUCUGCUCUUUCAGACUCCCACCUGCCAUAGAUGCUGAGGGGGAAUAUUGCUGGAAAUCUGAGGAAAUGAGCAAUAGUGGUUAUUUAUUUCCUUCUUGUGUUAGUCCCUAUUUAUGUGAAUAUUUAUCCACGUUCAGAAUAUGUUAAUUGGGUGUUUUUUAGUGCUGUGACUGUGGCUUUGCUUGGUUUUUGCUUUGCUUUGCUUUCCACAGACUGAAUGCUGUGGAAUAAGCAGCAGAUUAAUUUUGUAUCCAAAUGACUCUUUAAGUAUUUGUUGAAAUACAGAUGUUUUAUUUUUCUCACUUAAAAAUUA